AUGAGUGGAUCUACAGAGCUGAAGACCUAUAUCGUCUGUUCCUUCAUUCUCUACCUCAAGUUUGUCAUCGCCACUGGAAUUCAAGCCACCAAGACUUUUGACGCAGGAUGUCGACCACCUGAGGACAAGUAUUUGGCUCUUGCCCAAGGCCGACGAGAGCAGAACUACGGAAUGUUCAGUGACGAAAACGACGCAGAACUCUUGAAGGCACGCGCAAUCGAGCACCGCUGGAAGCGUAUCAUUCAGAACGACCUCGAGUCCAUCCCUCUGGCAUUGCUGGUGUUCCUCGGAGGUGUGUUCGCCGGCGGUAACAAGGAGCUAUUCGUCAUCUGCCUGGCUGUCUACACCUCUGUGCGUUGUUUCCACACGUACGCAUACGCCAACAUGCUGCAGCCACAUCGCGCGUGGUGCUGGCGCAUCGGUGUACUCAUGAUCAUCACCAGCGGCGUCAACUCCAUCGUCGGCGUCUUCAAUUAA